ACGUACCACAACAUUAACUUAUAAUUUCCCCCCCCCUACUUCUAUCACCCUUGCCUGAAACAAAUUUCAGAUAGUUCACCAAAAUGGCUCAUGCUAUGGCUUCAAUGGGUGGCCUAAUUGGUUCUUCUCAAACUGUGUUGGAUGGUCAGCUCAGUGGCUCAGCCCGUUUGAGCACUGUUAGCACCAGCAGAAUUGCCUUGGCUAGACCAGGACUCAGCAUUAGAGCCCAACAGGGGUCUGCUGACACUGAAACUAGCCGUAGAGCCGUCAUCGGUCUUGUUGCUGCUGGCCUUGCUGGUUCCUUUGCUCAAGCAGCCUUUGCUGCAGCUAAAUCAAUCAAGAUUGGUGGCGCUCCUCCUCCCUCUGGUGGAUUACCUGGAACUUUGAAUUCAGAUGAGGCAAGGGACCUUGAUUUGCCAUUGAAGGAGAGGUUUUACCUUCAACCAUUGACUCCAGCUGAGGCAGCCCAGAGAGUUAAGGAUUCAGCCAAGGAGAUUGUUAGCGUCAAGAAUUUCAUCGACAAGAAGGCCUGGCCAUAUGUCCAGAAUGACCUUCGUCUCAGAGCAGAAUACCUUCGCUAUGACCUUAAGACCGUCAUCUCUGCUAAGCCAAAAGAAGAGAAGGGAAAACUCCAGGACCUGACUGGAAAGCUCUUGAAGACAAUUAGUGAUCUGGACCAUGCAGCAAAGACCAAGAACAGCCCUGAAGCGGAGAAGUACUAUGCUGAUACUGUAUCUACCUUAAAUGAUGUUUUGGCCAACCUUGGUUAAAAAAGCUUUUCUGUACUAGUAUGUUAUUACUUCCUGUAAGUUAUCGAAUACUUCUUGAAUCCAAUUGUGAAGAAUGAUUUUGGAAGAACUGUUUAAAAAUCUGAAACAAUAAGUGCUUCACCUGAGAGCCUCACCCUAAGUUUUGCUUGUGAA